ACUAUCUUCUAUUCUAUAUUAAUGUAGAAUAAGUUGUCUCCUAUCCUAUCUUAUUCUUCAAUUUCUCACUGUCUAGAAAAUGAAGGCAUCCAAAGUUAGUCGCUUAUCUGAAAAAUAUGAAUCUAAGGAAAUUAUGAGCAUGAAAUACAAAGAGAUAAUAUCAACCCUACCCAAACGAGAGCCUCCCCAUCCUUUAUAUGAAUACUACCAAUACCAAGGUUUUUGGUGCCCUUUACCCGUCUUAGAAGCAAGUUUAUCUAUGCAACACAACUUCAAGGCUCAACCCUAUGAUAUUUAUCUUUGCUCUUCUCCAAAAACAGGUACAACUUGGCUUAAAUCCUUAGCCUUUUCUAUUAUGACCAGAGAUCGAUACUCAUCCAAAAAUAACCCUUUACUCACCAAGUUAUCCCAUGAUUGCCUACCUUUUUUGGAACUCGAUUAUGUCAGCAAUCCUAAGUUUUUAGAUACAGAGUUGCCUUUGUUGUCCACACAUCUUCCUUACACUCUCUUACCAAAAUCCAUAUUAGAAUCUGAUUGCAAGAUCAUUUACAUAUGUAGGGAACCUAAAGAUAGAUUUGUUUCGAUGUGGCAUUUUUCGCAAAACUUCAUUAGUAAUAAUAGUGAUCAAACCAUCAGGCCUGCUGUUACACUCGAACAGGAAUUCGAGUGGUUUUGCCAAGGCAAAUCUGGCCUUGGACCUUAUUGGGAUCACGUAUUGGGAUACUGGAAAGCGAGUAUUGAUAGACCCCAUAGAGUUUUCUUCUUUAAGUACGAAGACUUAAAGAAGGACACGUUGUACUAUGUGAAGAAAUUGGCGGAGUUUAUGGAGAAACCUUUCUCUAUGGAGGAAGAAGCGCAAGGUGUGCCUGAAGAAAUAGUGGAUCGCUGUCAUUUUAAAAGUUUGAGCAAUUUAGAGGUGAAUAAGAGUGGGAAACAUUACAGAUUCAUGCCAGGAAUCAAUAACAGUGCGUACUUUCGAAAAGGAGAAAUUGGCGAUUGGAAUAAUCUUUUGACUGAGGAUAUGGCAAACGCGAUUGACCAAAUAACGCAGGAGAAAUUUCAGUCUUUGGGUCUGACAUUCUCUUCUUCAAUCCAGUGUGAUUAAUACUAAAUGUGAAGGAAGGAAUACAUUUUAGAAAAAUGCUUGUAUGUUUGAUCUGGAAUAAGAUAUGUUUGAUUAUGAGAAAAAUUCUAAAAUAAGAUAUGUUGGAUCUUUGUUUAAA